UUAUGAAAACAUUUAACAUAACGUCAAUGUCAAAAUAAACAACAUAACCUCCAACUUACAUCGUGUGAAUAUUGAAAUAUUGUGGAAAUUAUGGUUUGAUUAAAUUUAUAAUCAUGGGAGUCCGAGGUUUGACUACUUAUAUUAGCCACAAAGAGAAUUCUUUCCUACAAGACUUCUUAUUACAUGAUUGCCCCCUGGUUAUAGACGGACAUAGUUUGUGUGCCCAGUUAUACAGAUUACUCAAUUGUUUCUCUGCUUUCGGUGGAGAUUAUGACAAAUUCGCAUCAUAUGUACGAAACUUCUUCAAAAACCUGAAGAAAUGCAACAUUACACCUUAUGUUUUGUUUGACGGAAGCUACGAACACAGAAAAUUGAAAACUGCGCACAGCCGUUUGAGGUCCAAAAUAUAUGGCGCUUCGAAGCUCGAUCCGGUGACUCAAGGAAGCCUACAGAUCUUCCCGUUACUAGUUCGUGACGUUUUCAUAGAAGCUUUGAUUGAUAUGAAUGUGGCAUAUACAGUCUGUGAGUUUGAAGCUGAUGAUGAAUUAGCAGCAAUGGCCAGACACCUAGAAUGUCCUGUGCUAAGCUACGAUUCAGACUUCUACAUAUACAAUGUCCUAUACAUCCCCUUCAACACAUUAGACUUCAAAGCUAAACCAAUAGAAAUUGACGAAACCAAACAUUUUGCUUUGGAAUGCAAAAUCUUCAGAGUGGAAUACAUGCUCAAAAACUAUGGGGGAUUACAAGAAGAACUGUUGCCAUUACUAGCAACAUUGUUAGGCAAUGACUAUGUCGAAAAGAAAGUGUUUAGGAAAUUCUUCUCACAAAUGAAACUGGCCAAGACUAAGAAAAAGACUAAUGAUCAACAGAAAUGCAUUCAUAGUUUAUUUCAGUGGCUGCAGAAUGAGACAUUGGAGACAGCCAUACAAAAGAUACUGGGUCGUUUGAAGAAGAGACAGAAGGGAAAAGCUCUUGCCUUAAUAAAGAAGAGCAUUAAUGGUUACCAUAGCAAACAUUGUAGAUCACUCAAGUAUUUUAAUAUCAUUGAAGAAGAUACUCCUGAAUCAGACUGGCAACUGCCUGAAAACUUUGAAGAAAAGAUUAUGGCAGAAGAUGGAGAUGAAAAUGAAGAUGACAAAGUGAAUGAAAAUGAAUCUUCAUCAGAGGAUGAAGAGGUGUCUUCUGCAAAUGAAGAAGAAGAACAAGAAAUAGAGGCAAAUAACGAAGGAGAGGAAAUUGAAGAUAAUGCUUUAGAUUCUGAACAUGACCAGUUAGAUCUUGGUGUACCUGAAUGGUUUGCAGAAGGAAUUCGACAGAAUCAUAUCCCAAAGGCAUACAUAAACCUUUACACACAUCACCUGCACUUCUGCUCACCACAAGCAGAAGACUAUGAUGAAGAAGAUUCAUUUCUAUGCUGUCUACCAAUCCUAAGAUAUGCAUUUGAUCUUUUAAUAGAUUUUUCAGAGGAAUACUGCAUAUAUGUGAGCCGGGAAAAGAACUUGAGUUACAAAAGGUUAUUUAUCAAAAAUGAUAUUGGUACUUCAAGACCAUUUGAUACACCAUUCUCUGACCUAACAGAAGAUCAAUUGAAGUCGUGUUUUGAACACUUUUUGAAAGAAAAACUCAAGGGAUUUGAUUAUAAAUUGAUUGAACAAUUACCAUCCAAUUUCCAGUUGUUUUUUAUUGCUAUUCUAUGGUGGGUGGCAAACUGUGAAGUUCCUUUAGGUAAUAUUCAUAGUUUAAUCAUGUGCUAUGUAAUGCUAGAAGCAAUAGAUGAAAAAACAGGUACUUUUAGAGGACAGUUUCAAUUCAAUAACAAAUAUACUAAAAAAAAAAAAGAGCUAAAGAAGAAUGCAACACCCCUCGUAUUUGACGAAAACGAAUUGUUUUUGAACAAGAACAAAGUGCAGUAUGAAGACGCUUUGAUAGCUGCACAUGAAAAAAAAAAACAUUUUGAGUUAGAUGAUAAAAUAAAGAAAAAACCAAAAAGUUAAAAAAAAAAAAAGAUGCAGUGUUUUGCCCAAUUUCAGUGUUGUUUGAGCCAGAUUAAUAGUUUAAAUACUCUUUGUAGGAGUCCUUUUGAGAGUACAAAAUAUUCGAAAAGUUUUAAUGGCACCUUUGUUUAUAAUGUGGCAGUGAAAUUAGAAAAUCAGGUGGACCCUAAGGCGUUUUUGGAACAGUACUUGAGAGGUGCUAAUUCUGUGUUAUUGUUUUAUAAGAGUUUAAAUUGUAUUUUCGAAAAAUGUGCGGAAGAAAUGGGUUUGACGACGCAAAAAUGGGAGGGCAAGAAAAAGAGACGAAGGAAGAGAAAUAAUACGAUAGAGGACGAAAUCAAUUUUAUUGUGAAGGGUUUUGAAUCAGAGGUUAUUAUUUAGAAUAAAUUUUUAUAUUUUUGAA